GCCGCCCCUCUGCGCCUGCGCCAGCGGCCGCGCAUGCCCCGAGCACGGGCCCCGCUGAGGGUAAGGUCUCAUUCCUUGAGGACCUCCGUCCCCGCCCGACCCGGGGUCCGAGUUCACACGAUGCGCCUGUCCAGAGAGGAGACUAAUGGCGUUCUUCCACACGUUUCUUGCGAACUAGAGAGAGAGAAAGGAAGAGGAACAAGCAUUGCUUUGUAAAAACACAAGCUAAGGCCUUGGUCUUGCUAUCCAUUUGACAAGCUACUCAACAUUCCUCUGCCAGAGUUAUGGCACUCCCUUUCCGGAAAGACUUGGAGAAAUACAAGGAACUUGAUGAAGAUGAAAUCUUGGGCAAGUUGUCUGAAGAAGAACUGAAGCAACUGGAAACCGUCCUGGAUGACCUUGAUCCAGAGAACGCGCUGUUGCCAGCAGGUUUCCGGCAAAAGGACCAGACUUUGAAAAAACCCUGUGGGCCUUUUGACCGAGAGAAGCUUCUUUCAUUUUUGGAGAAACAAGCACUGGAGCAUAAAGACGUUGAGGACGUUGUGCCUUACACAGGAGAAAAGAAAGGAAAAGUUUUCAUCCCCAAACAGAAGCCAGUACAAACUUUCACAGAAGAAAAAGUGACACUUGAUCCAGAACUGGAGGAGGCAUUGACAAGUGCUACAGACACAGAACUCUGUGACCUUGCAGCUAUCCUAGGAAUGCACAACUUGAUAAGCAGCUCUCAGCUGCACGACAUCAUGGGAAGCAGCAAUGGUGUCAGCAACGAAGGUUUCACAAAUGUGGUCAAAGGUGAAAAGAUAAUCCCGGUCUUUGAUGAGCCACCAAACCCCACAAAUGUGGAAGAGAGUUUGCGGAGGGUUAAAGAUAAUGAUCCUCACCUUGUUGAAGUAAACCUGAACAAUAUAAAGAACAUUCCCAUUCCGACUCUCAAAGAAUUUGCCAAGGCCCUGGAAGCAAACACCUAUGUGAAGAGCUUCAGCCUUGCAGCCACUCGGAGCAAUGACCCCGUUGCUGUGGCUUUGGCAGACAUGCUGCGGGUGAACCAGAUGCUGAACUGCCUCAAUGUUGAAUCCAACUUCAUUACUGGGACAGGCAUCUUGGCCUUAGUAGAUGCCCUGAAAGAGAAUGAAACCCUGACAGAGAUCAAAAUUGAUAACCAGAGGCAGCAGCUGGGGACGCCCGUAGAAAUGGAGAUUGCCAAGGUGCUUGAGGAAAACACCAAGAUCCUUAAGUUUGGGUAUCACUUCAUGCAGCAAGGACCCCGCACCAGGGCAGCGGCUGCGAUCACAAAGAACAACGAUUUAGUUCGCAAGCGAAGAGUGGAAGGAGAUCACCAAUAAACCCUCUGGCCAGCCGAAGUGCAAAGGAGCAGAGAUUCCGUAGCCCCUUGAAGGACAUCCGCUUCACCUGGGAUUCAGCAACCCCGAGAUUUCUUCUUACUUGCAUAGAAGGGAAAAGACUGGAAUUGGCAUUCCUCUUUUUUGUUCAAACGGAUGAGUGCGUAUAUACAUACACACUCAUCCAUUUCUCUCUAUAUAUAUUUGAUAAAGUUAUAUUACUAGUCCUGGUAUCCAACACACGAUUUGAAAACUUGUUAGCCCCAUCUGUCCUGAGCUCAAUUCCCUUAAUUCCCUUUUGUUUCAGGAGUUGGGAGCGAUGGCUUCUGGACAGAUCGAUGCCAAUACUAACAUUGGUGGCAGAGUAAACAGCUGCUGUUAAGGGAGCAAACUCUUUCAGUUCCCAGGGAGUAAAUUAUCUAGUAGGAAAUAUGGAAUUCUGAUAUAAGCACUGGGGCAUCAAAACAAUGUUUUAAAUGUGUGUGUGUGUAUUGGGUGGGGGGAAUUCUUCAAAAAGCAAAGGGAAAUGAUUACUUCAUCCACCAUGUGUGUUGCAGUGAUGGUACAUCAUUGCUCUGGCUGAUACUUCUUUUUUUCCCCCCAUUUUUGACUAUUCAAAAUGCUUUCCUGAAGACGGCGAUUUUUUGCUGUAAGACAAUUAUUCCAUUUUAAGGGCUGCUGCUGCUGCUUCUUGGUUUCCCUCUUCAUGGCAAGCUAAGCUGGCAAAAAUGGUGCUGGGUGCCUUAAACCUUACAGCCUUGGCAGCUGGCUAGCUUAUUUUUCUAUUAAUUUGCAGAACGUGAUACGUCCGCACUUUGCUCUGUUAUGUCCAGACUGGAUGUAUUUAUAGAGAUUUUUUCUUAUUUCAUCAGCAUUGUGUUGGGUUCUGCUACUUGGUAUUUAUGUGUGUGUGUGUGUGUGUUUGUGUGUGUGUGUGUAAAAGAGAGAGAGAGAGAGAGAACAUAUAUGUAUAUAUAAGUUGCAGCAUAUCAAACCAUGGCUGCUGAUCUGUAACACAGUGUACUGGUCCACCAGUGCUUAAGAAGCCCUGUUUGUGUGGGUUGAAAAGACCCUGUGACUUACAGUUAGAUUUCCUAGAAAUUUCACACAUUCUGUCCAGCCACAAUCAGACACUGUUGCAGCUCACCUUGAUGCCUGCCCCCUGCUAGGCUGCUGAGUCAGAGAAACUGCCCAAGUGCAGCAUUCUCUUGGCAUGCUGUGGCAUCCUAGGACAUUCUCAGUGGUAGUUCCUCAGCCAGCUAUUCCUGCUUCAAGGGAACCCUGAGACAAAGCACAAGCACACUGAUGGCUGUUGGGAGGGGACCUACCAUGUAUCACACUGGCAAAACCCUCUUGGAGCCAACCCAGAUUUUGUGUGACCCAUAAUAUACAUUGUCUUAGACAAUUGUGAUGCACCUCCUAAUUUGUAAGGGGAAUCCUUCCUUUUGAAAUAGUUACAUGGACUCAUUUGCACAAAAAGAUGAAUCCAGAAUAUGGAAGAUAAGAUUUACUCAGGAGCAAGUGUAAUAAGAAAUGCUGCCCAGUUACUCUUGCUUGCUAACCAGCAAACGCUUACCAUUGGGUCCAAACCAAGUUUCUGGUUUGGUAGGGAAGCUAUAAAUUAGGAAUCCCAGUUUGGAUACAAUGUGAUGUUUUGUCCCCUUACUGUGUUUCUGGUUCCUGCUGCUGUUCCCACUUGUCAAGAAGAAAGACCCUGAAGGCCUGUAAAUUUCUUGGGCUUGAUAAACUGGGAUGGGUCCACAAUUCCAACGUGUUCUUUUGGGGCCAUCUGAUUCACUUAAAAUGAUAAAGUUUUUUUUAAUCCUUACAGCAGCUGGAACUAAUGGGAUGCCUUCAAAUGUUAUGAACUGAGCUUAGCUGUCGCUGUGAAACGUUGUCCUGCGUAGGCACUACCACUAUAAAUCCCUGCCACUGAUUUACAGCUUGACAAUUUCACACUGUAUGGCAACUAUAUAGCCCAUGAGGCUGGCCUUGGGCAAGUUAGGAGGAAGGCAACGAAAUAUAAGCAGUAACAGAAAAUAGGGGCAAUUGUACCCAUUUUGUAUAUAGAAUAGGAUUCGCAGAGGAAACACCAGCUUUAUUUAAUUUCAGAUCUCUGUUUCCAAACACAUUUUGAUGAACAGUUGCAUAUAUUUUGUUUUUGUUUUUUAACAGUUGGAUGUGUCCAUCACUGGAUGCAACUUUUUGUAUUGUUUAGAGAAACAGUUGCAAUCUUGUACUUGUAUGCAAGACUCCUUAGUGGCAUUAUGUGUCCUUGGGCAGAUUUACUUUCUAAGUGUCACUACUACUGGUGGUGCUACGCUAACAUAGCCAAACGUGAGAGAUGCUUGUACCGUACGCUAGUAUAUGCUCUUGGUAUUAGUGUGCAAUUUCUGAGAUCAGAAAAGAGAACAUUGACUUUGCCUUGCUGUUGUAUAUCUUCCGUUGCUUGCUCUGUAGCUCAUCCUGGAGUCACAGUGGAUCCAAGGGACGUUCUCCCUGGAGCGGGACUUGUCCUUAACUUCCUAGUGCCUAAUAUGAUGUGAAUUGUUCUCCCUGUUUUCUAGGUUUAUUGGCAUGGUGGUUGGUGGGGAUUGUUAACCUGCAAGAGGAAUCAACAGUUAGCUAGUAUACCAGCCUUCCGCAACCAGAUGCCCUCCAGACGUCUGCGGCUAUGACUCAUAUCAUCCUUAAAGGCUGUGUUGGCAGAGGGCGAUAGGAACUGUAGUUCGACCAAUCCAGAGGGUGCCAAAUUGGGAAAAGGGUGAAGGAAGGUGAAAUAGAUAUCCUUACGUAUGCAACCCACUCCAUUUUAGGGGAAAGUGAGAAAGGAAAUGAAAUAUUCUGAUAGAAAGGUGACAUGUUGAUGCUUUAACAGUUUGUGUGUGGGGGUUGCAUCCUUUUUCUUUUUCUUUGGAAGGCAGGAAGUACAACGCAGUGUCAUUUUUAUGACUGAACAACUUCCAUUCAUUCAGCUUACAUUUAAGGGUGCAGGUGUACCACAGUACAUGUUAAUAGUGGUUCAGGAUUUAAUAUAAAACUGCGCGGGUUUCCCAAAAGGUGAAACUGUUCUGCAUUUUUUCAAUCUAAAGCUUCUUUGGCAGUGGUAGGAACUGCUUUCUAUUUUAAGUAUGCACUUACCCUCAUCAUUAACCUCAUAUUUUGUUGAUUGUCUUUAGGACCCACUUUUGAAACCUCGAAUAUUUCCAUAUUAUACUACAAAGAAUGUGGUUACAUUUAAGACUGUUUACAAAUGUUAACUUUUAAUAUUUUUGAUACAAAUAAUACCAUUUGUAUGCUACAAACUGUAACAUCUAUUCUGGUUGAAAUUUCUGUUGAAAAGAACAACAAAAUGAAUGGACUUGCAUCACAAAGCCAGACUGUAUGCUGUCAUUAUUAUAAUAAAACUAUUAAAAUGCUA